AUGCAUCCCGUUUACCAAGAUCUUCCAGAUGGCCAUAUCCGUCUCCUCACUAUUCAUCCCGGAGACGAAGCAACGGCACUCUCUGGUAUACUCAGGUCAGCACCGCUUGAAUUGGCCCCCAACUAUGAGGCGGUGUCUUACGCCUGGGGCGCUGAAGACUUCACCGAUGCGCUGGAUGUCGUCUGCGACACUGGGUCAACGUCGACAUCGAGCGAAACGAAAGAUGUCAGAAGUAUCCCAAUUACGCCCAAUGUCACGUCUCUUCUAAACUCCCUCCGCUAUCCCAACGAGCCUCGCGUUGUAUGGAUCGAUGCCAUUUGCAUCAGCCAAGCCAAUGCCUCCGAGAGGAGUGUGCAGGUGCAGCAAAUGCGGCAGAUCUACAGCCGUGCGCAACGCGUUAUUAUCUGGCUGGGCUUGGCGACUGAGGACGGUGAAAGCGAUCGGGCCUUUCGCUUCCUUCAAAGGAUGGGAACAUACAAGAAGAAAUAUGACCAGAGACCGUUUUCGGAUGACGAGACUUCCGAGUUUAGCCAGGAUGAGUAUUUGACUCUCAGUGAUCUUAGAGAUCCUAAACGUGGAGGCGAUAGUGAGGCAGUUGACAACGACGUUGACGCAGCUGAAAUUGACGUUGACACAGCUGGCAACGACGCUGACACAGUUGAUAGCUACGACAAGGUUAACUCGCACACCCUCCUUACGCCAGUGGAAGCCGCUGAAUCCGCUGAGCUUACAAGGUCAGCUGUUAUUGCUAGUUUCUCAAUUUGGUUUCGAAGUUGGGUCAAAAAAGCAAUAGAGCUGUUCCAGAGUUGCGCCCUGCGUGUUGGCCUGUACUGUGGGAGUGGCCGCGCCAGAGACAAAUGGGACGAGAUGAGGAAGAAAAAGUGGGAGCAACAUGAAGCUAUGAUUCGUGGGGAACUGCCUCGUACGUGGACCAGGUUUCUGGAGCGCAUGAAGUUCUGGGAGCGCAGAGCACAGAAUGGUACACAGGAGAGAGCGAGGAUGGCCUGGGCGGCUGACAUCAAUAUCAUGGAACCAAAUGUUGGCCAUGUCGCCAUCGGCUACCCUGUCCUUUGCGACAUGUUCGGCCAUCCAUUGGCGCCUUUUUUCCAUGAAAGUUUCCAAACCCACUGGACCGCAGUCGACAACCUUCUCGGCCGGCAAUGGUGGAGCCGCACCUGGGUUGUUCAAGAAGUCUGGAGCGCAAGUGACAGAGCAAUUGUUCAAUGCGGGAAGAAGACCAUCAGGUGGAAGAUCUUUCAGAGGGCCACGUCUUAUCAUGAAUAUUGGGAUGACAUAGGCAAAACAAUGAAAGACAGCAGCGACUGCCGAGUCGGAGUUUGGGCGCAACUUCAGAGGCGUUACGGAUUGGCUCUUCAUCUGUGUAAGAUGAGACUCCUCAACGGAAAGCUUUCGGACCUGUUGUGGAACACCUGGGACCGAGACGCAACUGAUCCGAGGGAUAAAGUUUUCGCGGUCUUGGGUCUCGUCGGCGAAGAAAACCGCCCCCUAAUGAUGCCUGACUACAGUAAAACUGUCAAGAAAGUAUUCUGCGAGGCAGCUAGGGAUAUUAUACGCACGGAAGACAGUCUCGACAUCCUUUUGGCAGCGGGUGGAUCAAAACCCGCUUGCAACGGCGGUAUGCUGCCGUCUUGGGUCCCUGACUGGCGGAAAGAGGCGAAUGAGACAAUACCAGUUCUGUUUGUCAACCGCACGCGGCUACUGUCUCCCUUCUUUGGAGACUCUAUGGACUAUACGCUCGUUUUCGGGCACGGGUAUACAGCCUGCGCUGACGAGAAGGCUGUUGCCUGGUUUGGCAUGAACCUCGAGACACUUCACACUCACGCUAUCCUCAAUGAUGAGAUUAGUAGUUGGUGCGGUGCCCCUCAAGGCUCUGUUCCCGUUUCAGUAGACUCGAUCAUUAAUAAUUCCUAUGCCCUGGCACAGAAUGCUCUGGAGGGAAAGACAAAUCACUGGUGGACAAAGGAUGAGAAAGUCAAGGAUGAGCUACGGCCAGAGUGGAUGAAGAAGAGACACGCGACUGAGUUGCGGGAAUCAUCGAAAGGGUCUUGUGUGCGGGCUCGGCGGGCGAGAAGACCGUUGCUCAAGUCGUUCAAAACAUCAUGCCACUUCGCCGAUUCUUCGUCACAAAAGGGGAACGAUAUAUGGGUAUUGGUCCUGCUUCACUCAAACCCGGUGACAAAGUUUAUGUCCUAG